UUUACUCUGCAGAUUAGUAUUAGUGGUGCGGCCGAGACGAUCUCUCGGUCAGUCGCACGCGCUCCUCGCGACAUGGCGGACGGGGCUCCACACGCGGCGACGCCGGCGCUGCGCGCGCUGCUCGACGACGUCGCUCGCGGCCAGGACUACCGCGACCACCGCGUCGCCGUCACCCCGCUCUCCACCGGCGGUGGGAACUACACCUCCGAGCUCUUCCUCAUCACCGUCGCGGCGCCCGGCCGCGACGACCUGCGCCUCUUCGCCAAAGUCGCCAACAUCAACGGAAAAAUGCGCGACGCCGCGCCCAUCACCAAGUUGUACGAGACCGAGAGAUUCGUCUACGGGAUGCUGGUGGACAUCUACCGCAAACUGGAAGAGCAGAACUCUGUGCCGGCCGAGCACCGGCUGUACUUCCCGAAAUACUACGGCUGCAAUCCGAAAGUGUUCGAGGAGACGAUCGUGCUGGAGGACCUAGGCGCGCGCGGGUUCGGCACGCACGACCGGCUCAAGUCGAUCGACUGGCCGUACGCAGCCGCCGCCGUGGCCGAGCUGGCGAAGUUCCACGCGCUGUCCUUCGCGUACGAGCACGACAACCCGGAGGAGUUCGCGCGCGUGCUGAAGGAGCGGAGGUUCGAGUUCGGGUCGGACGAGGAGAAGACAAAGGGCGUGUGGGAGGGCAUGGUGCGCGGCGCGGUGAGCGCGUGCGGCGAGCAGCACCGCGCGCGGUUGGGCCGGUACCUGGCCGAGAACGCCAAGCGCGUGCUCGACUACUACGAGCCGCUGCGGCGGCCCGUGCUCGUGCACGGCGACUACCGCCCCAGCAACCUCAUGCACAGGCUCAAACCAGAGGGCGCGGUGGAGGUGGUGCCGGUGGACUGGCAGACGGUGCGCUCGGGCUGCGCGGUCACCGACCUGCUGUACCUGGUGUUCGCCGGCUCGGACAAGGCCUUCCGCGACCAACACUACACCCGGCUACUCGACGAGUACUACGCGCAGCUGCAAGCGGCGCUGCGGCGGCUGCGGCUCGACCCCGACAUGCUCUACCCGAGGGCGGACUUUGAUUAUGAACUUCAACAGAGCCUGCCGUACGGGCUGCUGAUCUGUGUGUUCGUGCUGCCGCUGGUGACGGUGGAGGCGGCCAACGCGCCGCGCAUGGACGACAUGGGCCUAGACGCGUGGCAGGUCAAGACCAGCUCACUCUUCAGCGACCGGCUCAACGGCGUCGUGGACGACUACGUGGCCUGGGGCGUCCUCUAGCGGCAAACACUCUCAGACUACUGGCCGACUAGAACUUGAUAAUCGAUAAUGUGAUCUCACAUUAGUUGCCAACUUAACUGACACCGCGAUCGAUCUGCCGCGAGCAGAGAAAAGUAGGCAUCAUAGAGUACGGUAGAUAUAAUUAAAAACUUAGGUAAAGCCCAUAGAGUAAUAUAAGUAAAGAAAGAGUGAUAACUCACAUCGCCAUCUAACGUCAAGUAGUGGAACUAUCAGUACCGCUACUUGACACCAGCGGGCUCAGCACGGUUCCAUUUUUAUCGCCUAUCACUAUGCGCGUCCCUUUCGCACUUACAUACUUGUUAGAACGUGACAGGCAUGGUGACAAGCGAUAAAAACGCGACCGUGCUACGGGGGCAGAUGUCACAAGUGUCGCUACUGACGGUAAAAUGUGCUACUAAAACUUAGAACUAAUAUUAUAAGCAGAAGGAGUUGAAAAUAUACUUCCAGUUAAUCCGGUUAUAAUAUUAGCUGAAAAUUGAUGAGUACCAAAUAUUAGAGGUUUCGUUCGCCGCGAAAUCUAUUGUCAACUAGCAGUAUUGAUAUAAAUACCGCUACUUGACGCUAGACGUCGACUACGAAGUAACUCGCGUUUUGGUAAGAAAACUGAUGUAUGGAGUUAUUCUACCACUCUUUCUUUACUUAUAUGGGCUUUACCUAAGUUUUCUACCUAUAGGAUAGGUAAGUAGGUACCUAAUCUUUUUUUGCGAUAUUCGCCGCCCGUUAAAAAUCGUGCACAAAAUAUGGGUCCAAAUACAUAUGUAUACAUUAAUGUGAUGUUAAGAGACUAAUUUAAUUACAUUCGUUAUUACUUUU